UACUUUUUUCCGAGCGCUCGCAUUCACGCAGUGUUUUGUUUUAUUAAAUGGAGUAACCGAGGCGUGCGUAAUAUCGUGGCACAUUCGCUGGACAAUCUGGGUAAAUAACAUCACACUGGAGGUAGUUUUUAAUCUGAACUGGAAUAGUUACAUUAUUUACACGAAUACCUGCACGGUAGCAAUAUUUGUCAGCAGUGGACUUUCACCUUCCUUUGAUAAACUGUAAUGUAAAGUAGAUAAGAUUCUCUUAAGCUCCAAAGCAUGCUUGCCAUAAUGUUCGAUUAAUGUCUGUUAGAAUAGCGUGUUCUAUGAUACGACAAGCUCAAGAACCGGUUUUUGUUGGACACCGACUGUUCCGUUACCGUUAUUCUCUCUUCCAGCAAGAAAAUAGGUUUAGACCUACUGAUAUACUUGUCAGUGGUGUUUCAACACUUCUGCUGCGAGGAAGUGGGUAUAGUGACCGACGUUCAACUUCUUGUGGUAAAGGACGUACGAAAUACGGAAUCAGUGCUGCACAUUCACAGUUCUUGCCUGAAUCAGAGUUUCUGCAACACAGGGCAAAGUUUUGUAUACAUUCGUUAACCAUGCCUGUGUCAAAGCCGUUUGAAAGGCUACCCAAAUCAGUGAUUCCGAAACAUUAUAACCUGAAACUAAAGCCUGACUUGAAGACGUUUGUAUUUGAAGGCCAAGAGACAGUAAAGGUUGAGGUGAACCAAGCUACAGACAAGAUUAUACUCAACUCUUUGGAUUUGAACAUCAGAAGUGUGAAGUAUACUUCAUUACAUGGAGACAUUAUCAAACCCCUUGAUAUCAACAUAUCUGUUGAAGAUGAAAGACUUAUAUUAUCAUUUGGUGAACCCAUCCCAGUUGGUGAAGGAUCUCUUGAACUUCAUUUCACUGGUGAACUUAAUGAUAAGAUGAAAGGAUUUUACAGAAGUCAGUAUGUGAGAAUACCUGGCGAAGGACGUGACCCUGUGACGUCGUAUUCCGCAGUGACACAGCUGUGUAGUACGCACGCACGUCGCAUGUUUCCGUGCUGGGACGAGCCAUCUGUAAAGACCACAUUUGAUAUCACCGUUAUACUGGACUCAAGUGCAUUGGUGGCGCUUUCAAACAUGCCAGUGGUGUCUGAGCAGAUAGAAGAAGACGGUGGACUGCGCGUGGUGAAGUUCGAUACCACACCCAUCAUGUCGACCUACCUGGUCGCAGUGGUUGUCGGAGAAUAUGACUAUGUGGAGGACAAGUCGCAUGAUGGCGUCCUGGUUCGUGUGUACACGCCUGUUGGAAAGCGUGAGCAAGGUCGCUUUGCUCUUUAUGUUGCCACAAAAGUGCUCCCAUAUUAUAAGGAUUACUUUCAGAUUGCAUAUCCGUUGCCAAAGAUCGAUCUCAUCGCUAUAGCGGAUUUCUCAGCAGGUGCUAUGGAAAACUGGGGUCUGGUUACUUACAGAGAGACAUGUCUACUGGUGGAUCCCGAGAACACGUCCGCCGUGCGGAAACAAUGGAUUGCUCUCGUAGUGGGGCACGAACUAGCCCAUCAGUGGUUUGGGAAUCUAGUCACAAUGGAAUGGUGGACACACUUAUGGCUGAAUGAAGGGUACGCAUCCUUCGUUGAGUUUCUGUGUGUUGCUCAUCUCUUUCCUGAGUAUGACAUCUGGACACAGUUUGUUACUGACACCUAUAUUCCAGCACUGGAACUAGACUGUUUAAAAAACAGCCAUCCAAUUGAGGUUCCUGUUGGACAUCCUUCAGAAAUUGAUGAAAUCUUUGACGACAUCUCGUACAACAAGGGAGCUUCGGUUAUCCGAAUGCUUCACAAGUAUAUUGGUGACGAGGACUUUCGGAAGGGAAUGAAUCUGUACCUUACACGCCAUCAGUACAAGAAUACUUUCACAGAAGAUCUGUGGUCCGCCCUGGAAGAGGCUAGUAACAAACCAGUGGGUGCUGUGAUGUCAACGUGGACCAAACAGAUGGGUUUUCCAGUAGUAAAAGUGACUAACAAGCAGAUAGGAAGUGAUCGUAAACUGGUCAUAACCCAGGAGAAGUUCUGUGCAGAUGGAAGUUCUAGCAGUAGUGAAUGUCAGUGGUUGAUCCCAGUCAUGUUCAGUACUUCCCAGAAACCAAAUGAAGUUGUUCAUUAUACGGUUCUUCAGACACAUUCCUCGGAAGUAUUGCUGAAGAAUGUGGCAGCACACGAGUGGGUUAAGGUGAACCCAGGCACGGUGGGUUUUUACCGUACUCAGUAUCCUCCAGAUAUGCUGGCACAGUUUGUGGCAGCGAUUCAUGAAAAGUCCCUUCCACCACUUGACAGACUUGGACUUCUCGAUGAUCUCUUUGCGAUGGUUCAGGCGGGCCAUACACCUACUGUUGAAGUUCUGAAGCUCAUGGAAGCUUUCAGUGAUGAAGACAAUUUCACAGUUUGGUGUAGUAUUAACAACUGCCUUAGCAAGCUGUCUAUUCUCCUUUCUCACACUGAAUACGAAGAUCUCUUCAAGGCAUAUGGGCGUCGGCUCAUGCAGGGAGUUGCGGCUCGUUUGGGCUGGGAUCCGCGGCCCGACGAAAGUCACUUGGAUACGUUGCUGAGGUCUCUUGUCAUUGGCCGACUGGGAUGGUUUGGAGACAAGGCUGUAGUUGCAGAAGCCAAGAAAAGAUUUCAAGGUCAUGUUUCUGGAGAGGCUUUACUACCAGCCGACCUGCGUAGCCCUGUCUACAAAGCCGUGCUCUCUGUUGGAGAUGAAUCCACGUACAAUACCAUGCUUACGUUAUAUCGAGAAGCUGAUCUUCAUGAAGAAAAGGAUCGUAUCUCUCGAGCACUUGGGGCCAUUGGUGACGAGGCUAUUCUAAAGAAAGUUUUGGAGUUUGCCAUGUCUGAUGAGGUGCGGUCGCAAGACACAGUAUUUGUUAUCAUCUCGGUAGCCAUGACCAAACGAGGCAGGGAUCUUGCCUGGCGUUUCUUCAGGGAGAACUGGCAAGAGCUCAUGAAUAGGUAUAAGAGUGGCUUUCUUUUGGCACGUCUUGUGAAAUAUACAACAGAAAAUUUUGCGAGUGAAGAGGUCGCUGCCGAGAUAGAAGCCUUCUUCAGAGAUCAUCACUCUCCAGGUACAGAGCGCACAGUGCAGCAGAGUUGUGAAACAAUUCACCUGAAUGCCGCUUGGUUGCAGCGUGAUCGUGAAGCCAUUCGCGAGUACCUCAGUCGUGGCAAGUAACGUGGAGACCGUGCCACAGAUGUUGGGUAAUUUGUAUCCAAAGAGUGUGGAAUUAUUUGUAAGUGUGUGGUUGUCCCACUGAUCUGAUGUCUUUGGGACAAAUUAAAGUUAACUUCAUGAGCUCUGUACAGGUAGAAACCUAAUAGAUGUAUCGGAACGUAUGCGAAGUUUACGGAAGCUCAUUAUUUUCGGUAUUUUAAUGUGGUUUAGAAAUUGAACUUGAAAGAAUGGUAAGUAAAUUAAAAUUGAUGUUUUGUGGAAUAUUUGACUUUAAAACUGUUCUUAGAAUGUUAUUAGAUUUUCUGUACGCUUCUUUCAUAAAAUUUGUAUAAUAAUAUUACGAUUAUUUGUAAAUUACAGAAUUUAUUUUUUAUCGAUUUUAGGAAAUUUCUUUUGUGAGCUGGCUCUUGAUUGAACGUUGAAUGCUGCAUAAAGUGAUGGUUUAAUUAUCGGGAACGUCAUCAGAUUUGUAAUUAAAGUGGCAGGUUUAAUAUUUGUGCAAGAGGGGAGAAAUGUUUUCCCCCAGUUCUGAUGAGGUGUUCCUGUUUUCUUGAUGAGAUGCUAUGCUGUUAUGUACAGCGUGAUAUAGCAUUCUGUGUGUGUUGCUCAGUUGGGUAACUUAUUUCAUGAUGCCUUUAUUCAGCGAUGGGAGAAAUCUGUUAGACUCCUGUGUUUUAUUAAUCUCUUUGUGUAAGUUUGCAACUUCUGAUAUUUUUUUCUGGAAAGAAGUACUGUUUUUCAGACAUUGUGUGAAUUAUUUUAAUUAUUGUUCUAGACUUGAAUAACGAGCAUAAAAUUACUGAUCUCACAGAAUUUUAAAAUAUUAAAGGGAAACUUUGUUUCAGCUUUGCUCAUUGUCUGAAAGUCACAUUGCUUAUGGAUGAGAUAAUGCUCAUAGGUUUUAUGCGGCCUCUGUUUUUCAGUAUGACUGAUACAAAUGAUGGUUAAAGAAACUGCAUCGCUAAGCUUUGCAUUUAACAGACCUCGUAAUUAAAACAUUUUUCAUAUGAAA